CAGAAAGGCGUUGGCUAUAACAAAGCACAGAACUGCUUGUUUUGGAGAAAAAUGAAGGCUCUUGUCGUGGAUAAGUUUGUUAAUAAUUAUAACGAGCUUAAAGUAACUGAGCUGGGGCACCAUGAUGUCCCAUAUGGCCAUGCUCUGGUGCAAGUGAAAGCGGCUGGCAUCACCUUUGUUGACCUUUUAUAUGCCCGUGGUAAACAUCAAAACAACAAAUCACUUCACACACCCCCAUUCACUCUAGGCAGUGAAUUCUCCGGCGCCAUCCUCUUAACCAAUCCCCCCGCUCUACCCUUCUCUUCCUUCUCCCCCGGCGCCCGCGUCUACGGUUCACACCUCGGUGCCUUCGCAACACACAUCUACGUUCCCCUCACUUCCUUCCGCAAAAUCCCCUCCUCGUGGUCGUUCCAAGAUGCAGCGGGCAUUAGCUCAACCUUGCCCGUCUCAUACGGUGCGCUGAAGAGGGCGGGCUUGGAGAAGGGGCAGUCUGUGCUCGUGCAUGCUGCGGCAGGAGGGCUGGGGUUGAUGGCUGUGCAAAUCGCCAAAGCUCUUGGUUGUACUGUCAUUGCGACGGCGUCUACAACUGCGAAACUGGCUGUGGCGAAGAAGUUUGGGGCUGAUUACCUAGUAAACUACUCGGAUGAGGGAUGGGAGAAGCGGGUACUGGAAGUAACCGGCGGCGAUGGUGUGGAUGUUGUAUACGACCCCGUGGGCCUUGUUGACCAAAGCCUGAGGUGUCUGAAGCAUGGCGGACGCAUACUGCUUAUCGGCUUCGCGGGAAGAGAAGGGAAUAUGGAGAAGAUUGCAAUGAAUCGUGUGUUGCUGAAACAGGCAGUGAUUAUUGGGUAUAGAUAUGGGGAGACUCAUCGACGGAACCCCGAAGAAACGAGAGCUAUUUGGGAAACUUUAGAUCCCAUGAUCACAAAUGGCGACGUUAAGCCAACGGUAUAUGAUGGGGACUUCAAAGGCCUGGAGAGCAUCCCUCGCGCGAUGCAGGAGAUGGCCGACCGAAAGGUCUGGGGUAAGGCUGUGAUCAUUCUUGAUGAUCAAGUCGAAAAUAGUGAAAAAAAGGUGGAUAUUCGGGCGAAUAUAUAAUUUU